UCUCAGAUAUGCCCACUCACAUAUGCCUCCCAGUUAGAAUACUGACAUCUCAUUGCUGCAGUUGAAGCAAGGAAUCUGUGAUAUUGGAUGGAGUGCUUGUGGGAGGAGAUUCCAAAGUCUCACGUUCUAAAGAGUUACUCUGUGUGAGCCCUCAUGGAGCAAACACUGCAGUAAGACAUCACCAUUUUGACAGAAAGCUUGCAAUCCUCUCCAAGUCAUUGUUGGCCCUUUUGUUUGCAGACUCUGACACCUGAUCAACACCUUUGGAUCACCAUGGAAAAUAGGAACAAUAUGACUGAGUUCGUCCUGCUGGGGCUCACACAGAACCCUGAGAUGCAAAAAGUUCUAUUUGUCCCCUUCUUACUCAUCUACCUCGUGACCAUAUUGGGCAACCUGCUUAUCAUGGUGACCAUCAUGGCCAGCCGGUCCCUGGGUUCCCCCAUGUACUUUUUUCUGGCUUAUUUAUCACUUAUAGAUACUGUCUAUUCUACUGCCAUUGCUCCCAAAAUGAUCACUGACUUGCUUCAUGAUAAAAAGACUAUUUCCUUCCAGGCUUGUAUGACUCAAGUCUUUAUGGAUCAUCUGUUCCCUGGUGUUGAAGUCAUUCUUCUGGUGGUGAUGGCCUAUGACCGAUAUGUAGCCAUCUGUAAGCCUCUUCAUUAUUUGAUCAUCGUGAAUAGGUGGAUAUGUGCUCUCAUGCUGCUUCUGGCCUUGACUGGAGGCUUUCUGCACUCAUUGGUUCAAUUUCUCUUCAUUUAUCAGCUCCCUUUCUGUGGCCCCAAUGUCAUUGACAACUUUGUGUGUGACAUGUACCCCUUAUUGAAACUUGCUUGCACCAACACCCACCUCAUUAGACUCUCCAUGAUAGCUAAUGGAGGGGCAGUCUGCACUGUUGUCUUCUUCACUCUCUUAGUUUCCUAUGGGGUCAUAUUACACUCCCUUAAGGUACCUGGUGUGGGAGGAAAUCCCAAAGCCUUCUACACCUGUGCAUCCCACAUGACAGUGGUCAUUUUAUUCUUUGUUCCUUGUAUCUUCCUGUAUGCAAGGCCUAGUUCUACCCUUCCCACGGAUAAAUUCAUGACUGUGGUUUUAACUUUCUUAACUCCCAUGUUGAACCCCUUUAUCUACACCCUGAGAAAUGCAGAAAUGAAGAAUGCUAUGAGGAAACUUUGGAAUAAAAAUGCAACCUUAGCAGGAAGAGGGCUGUAUCCUUCAUGUAGAACAUGA